CUGGGCAGGAACGUCACUAGAUGAGAGAUGACAUCUGUGGACAAUAGCUUUAGCUUUACUGUUCAAGUGAAAUCACUCUCUGAGACAACAUGUCUAUAACAACCUGCCAGAAGGUUACUCUCAUAUCAUGCUCCGUUCUCUGUGUUUCUCUUUUCCUGCCCAGAAUGCUUUUACCCAGAGCGAGGAAGGAGAUGGAGCAGCCGGAGGUUGGGCCUGGAUUUUACCCUCCUGUGAUGCAUCGACUGUCUCUGCCAGACGACUCGGAGCAGUGGGGGGUGGACCCCUCGUACUCCAUGACACACAGUGCAGAGGCCAUGGCCAAAGUUAAGGGCAUCGGUCGAGGCAAGAAAUACAACCUGAUAGCUCAAGUGAUACCAAUAUACGGCUUUGGAAUCCUUCUCUACAUCAUCUUUAUAAUCUACAAGCUGACUUGUAAGAAUAAGACAAAAGAGUCAGGAAACGACACAACAGGUACCAGGACACACGUGGAGAACACGAUAACAACAGAUUUCCAGCUCGCCAGGCUUCAGGACAGACUGCUGCAGUCCGAGAGGAUAAUGGAGAGGAUUGCCUCCCGAAAGAGUUCUGCUUCGGGGAGUGGCAGAAGGAGGAAGAGUAAAACUACAACAUCAAAGAAGGAGGAGAAAUUACUCAGGCAACUUCGACAGACCUCACAGCUGAUGCAAGACGGCCGCCUGGAGGCAGCCUCCCCGGAGAUGGAGGCGGAGGAGGUCCCCUAUGGUGCAGACUGGGAAGGCUACCCAGAAGAGACCUACCCAGAAUACAAUGACAAUCUCAGCAUCAGAUGUAGAUUUGACACCGUGACAUUGGAGGAACCCCGCAACCAGCUUACUGCCGAGGCCCUGGCUGAGAGGAUGGAGCAGGAGGAGGAAGAGGCCAUGGCAAGAAAGCUGUCCAUUGUGCACGAGGAGGAUGAAGAGCAAGAGGAGGUGGAGGGAGAGGGAGAGGAAGAGGAAGAGGAGAAUGAAGAUGAAGAAGUGGAGGAAGUAGUGGAGGAUGUAGAGGUGGGGGAAGAAGGGGAGGAAGAGGAGGAGGAGGAGGAGGAAGAGGAGGAGGAGGAGGAGGAGAAAAGGCAGCUGCUCAGUCCUCGUUUAUCGAGGCCCGCUGCAGAGAGGAAGCAGGAGAGACUCGGUUUGGAGGUGAGCAAAGAGCUGCAGUGUCACAUUGGAGGGAAGAAGCAAAUAAGCUUCAGUGACCAUGAGGAUGUGUUCCACUACCCUAAAGAGGACACUUGUGAGGGAGAGGAGGAAGAGGAGGAAGAGGAGGAGGAGGUGGAGGAGGAAGAUGAGGGGAAAGAGGUAGAAGAGGAGGCUGAUGAAGAUGAUCCAGUGAUGGAGGCAGAGAGUCUCCAGUUCAGUUGUGAAAGUUGCCCGAACCCGGAGGAAGAAGCCGAGGAGGAUAAAGAGGAGUAUUCGUCCGCUACUGAAGAGGGUGAUGGUCGUACACAUGCAGACGUGCCCAAAGAAGUGGGAGUGAGCGGGCUGAGGAUGAGGAACAGGAGAGAGACGUGAAGGCCUUGACCUUCAGCUGGUUUUUAAACAUCAGUCUUCCUCAUACUGUCUCGUGUUUCUUGUCCUUUGUGUGUAAAACAUAGAACCCAAGCUCAAGAACAACCUCCUUUCCCAGAAUUCAUAUAAAGGUUCUUAAGAUUUUAACAUGCAAUUAAUUACAUGUCUAAUAACCUUUUCUCAAAGGUGGUUUGGUGAAACGUCAGGAGUCGCUGCUGGGACCGACUGGUGAUUGGUUGAGCAUGUGCAUCAGCUAAACUUUGAUAAGAGAUGUCAUCAGUAAAAGACGGCAGUAUGUUGGAGGAAGUGGAGUCAUGUCAUCCGUCGACAGUCUAUGGAGGAAAGACAGUUACAGUAUUGUUCAGUCAUAUUCAAGACUAACCGAUGUGAUUGACUGAUAGCAAUUUCCUUUCUCUUAGUUUGUCUUUGAAAGAACAGAACACAUGUUUUGAAUUACUGAAGUUUAAUUUUUUUGCCAUGAUCAAAUAACUGUGUCUAUACCACCACAGUAGAUUGUACACCGUUUACUGUACAUUACAAUGAAAGCACUAGAAACAGAAGAUGAGCGAACUUUUGGCUCCUGGACACACGUAUGAAAAGCAAACUUUACAGCAAGAGUAUUAACGAUUUUAAAAUAGAAAUUUAAAAUAGUUAGAACACAGCUGAAUACAAGAAUAGCACAUUUGAUAAAGAUUUCCUCAUAAACCACAGUAACAAUAGCGGUAUCAGAGAUUGUUCUUUGCCUUCAUUCAGCAUCUUUUUUUCCCCCCCCAACGAUCAUAAAAUACAAAAUACCAUCAUAUAUUUGAGAAAGUAUACUGCCCCCAUGAGGAGCAAACAGGAAUAAUAUCUGAAGUAUAAAUGUGAACAGCGAUAAACGUGUGAUAGAAACUUACUGCCAGGAAUGUACCACGCUCCACAACAGAGGAGCGAACAAAACAAAGAUGUAGAGAGCAACAACUGAGUUGUGAGUGUGCACAAUGAAAAUGAUUAUUCACUUCUUUAAUGUGUGCUGAGGGCUGAAAAUAUAAUUUAAAUAUUUACGGUCAAUCACAAAUGUGACAUGCACUUUGGAUUAUCAUCCUACAGAGGUUUGCAGCCACUAGAUAUUUAAUCAGUCGGAAUGGAUUUUCACAAUAGGCAUCUUGAUUAAAAGUAGCUACAGAGAAAUAUCCAAUGCAUGUUUCGGAGAAGCAAGAAUCGCAGAGACCCGAUCGAGCUCAGCUGAUUUCACGACCGCAGCUUAACACUGGAAUUAGUCUUCAAAGGCACAAUAAUGUAUGUACAGUUAUAUCUCAUCCACGAUAGACCUCAAAGUAAAGUGCACCGUCGUCCUAUACAAAUACAUACAUGACACUGGCACAAUCUUGUGUAUGGUUCACAGCACAGUGUAACAUUUGCCCUGUUCAUGUCCAAAGUCGCUAAUUGUUAUGUGUGGAUACAAGAGAUAAUACUUGGUGUGAGGCUAAUUUAUGUGCUUGCAGCUCGAUGGAGUCAAUACUGCAGAUGCAAAUGACGACACAACUUAAAAUGAACAUGUAAUAAAUACAUAAAUAACAAAAUAAAUAUCGUGACAUGCAUGUUAUUUUUUAAUUCAGUAACUAUAUGAUCAGUAUUCAUGCUUGAGGAAGUUUUUUUUUGAGUGGCAAAUAAAAGUUAACUUUUAAAACUUACUGAUGUUUAGCUGUUAGUGAUAAUUUACAGAUGACGAAAUGUUAAGUUUCUCUCACUACUACAUGAAGAACAGUGUUUUUUUUAAAUGCCGUUACAGUACAAAAUGACUAUAGUUAUCAAAACAACUGGAUUUGAUUUUGAAAGUGGAUUUCUCUUUGUGCUUGUUUUC